CAGAGAUAGGAGCGCAUCUCUGUCUCAGACACCUGAUGAGCAUCAUCCAAACUAUUUAACUCUUUAACCUAAUUUUACAAGCGAUAACUGAUUUAAUCGAAUCACCGAAAAAACAAAACAAACAAAAAAACAACAACAAGCCGACUAAAUCUUGAAGAACAUCACCAGGGGAAAGUAUUAUUACGGGACAUUAAAGGAUGGCACUGUCUUUUCGACGCAGGUGUUUGCUUUUGCUGUGUUUGACAGCUAUCCAGAGUGGCCAUGCUGCCGUCCAGACGUGCAUGGAUAAGCACCAGGUGGUUGGGGUGCUCCGUCAAAUGGAGAAGUUUCUGAAAGGCCAGGAGAUGCGAUUUACCGAGGGUCUCAGGAUCAUGAAGUCAAAGCUGGCAGCGCUUCAGAACUCUGUCUCCAAGUUACCUCAAGCAGACCAGUCAGCUGCUCCCACCACCUGCCCCUCCCUGGAAGCCCCAGCUCAUGGAACCAAGUUUGGCUCAAAGUAUUUUGUUGGACAUGAGGUCCAUUUCACUUGUUCCCAGGGCUACCAUCUUGUCGGUUCUGCCACACGUGUUUGCCGGGACAAUGGCACCUGGACUGGCAUCAGUGCCAUCUGUAAAGAUAUAAGCGAGUGUGCAAGUAAUCCCUGCCAAAAUGGAGGUACCUGUGUGGAAGGUGUUAACCAGUACAAAUGCACCUGCCCCCAGAACUGGAGUGGUUCUCACUGUCAGCACCAUACCCAGACAGCACCACCUGAGUGGAGUGUUAUGAACGAUCCAGCGUUCAGCCGGAGACCUCGCUGUGCCCAAGUGAACCGAGCCCAACACUGCAGCUGUGAUGCAGGCUUUCACAUGAGUGGCACCUCUGACAACAGUAUUUGUCAGGAUGUAAAUGAGUGUGAAGUGUACCGGCUGGACCAAGGAGGGAAGCUGUGUGUCCACGAGUGUGUGAAUGUACCCGGAUCGUACCACUGCUCUUGCCCCACCGGCUACAAGUUGCUCCCAGAUGGGCGGAGCUGUGAGGAUGUGGACGAAUGUUUAAGCCAGCAGCACAACUGUAGCCGAGGGACAACUUGUAUCAACACGGGUGGAGGCUUUCAGUGUGUAAACCCCGAGUGUCCCCGUUCUCAUGGCAACAUCAGCUACGUCAAGACAUCUCCCUUUCAGUGUGAGAGAAACCCCUGCCCCAUGGACAGCCGUUCCUGCCACCAGGCUCCUAAGACCGUGUCCUUCCACUACCUGUCUCUGCCCUCCAAACUGCAGACUCCUGCCACGCUCUUCCGUAUGGCGACUGCAGCAGCCCCCGGGCGCACCGGUCCAGACAGCCUGCGCUUCGGCAUAGUGGGUGGAAACUCCCGAGGCAUCUUUGUCAUGCAGCGUUCAGACAGACAAACUGGCGAGCUAAUACUGGUCCAGCAGCUGCGUGGACCACAGGAGAUCAGCAUUGAUGUGGACAUGUCUGAGUACAGCGACCGCACCUUCCAGGCCAAGCAUGUGGCCAGGGUUCACGUUAUGGUUUCACCUUACAACUUCUGAGAGCAAGGUUUGAAAGGAGGAAGACGAGAAACAGAAAGGUGAAGAGGAACAGGAAAGAGUGCGUAGUGGGCACUGAUUUUACUGAUACUGUUUCUUCAUCCCCAAUCAGAAAUUCAUUUGUCUGAGCAGGCAGUCGCAGGCCAACAUUUGUUCAGUGGCCAAAUUACCAAAAGAGAGAGAGAGUGACAGUAUUUAAAGUGACAAUAGACAACAUUUCAACUGUUCAGCUAUCAGCCUUGCUACUGUCCAAAACAAGUAAGAAUUCCAAUUUGAUCUCAGUCCUAUGAUUAAGGCAGAGUAAAACAUCCGGUUGCAUUAAUAAGUAGGCAGGUGUUGUUAUUAAUGAAUUCAGUAGAAAUAAGGCCAACUCAAUGUCAGUUCUUUCCAUAGUUGGACUGUCCAUCAGGACUACUGGGACAAAUCCUGGUGGGCCAGUGGACCUUAAAAAAAAUCCAUAAAGUUUUUAAUGGCCCAGUCAGUCUCUUUACCGGCCUUCUGUCCAAUCUCAGCGGAUGAGUCCAGGGCUGAAUUUCUGUCCCAAUCUGACCAUGGAUCUCCCAAUUAAGUGAAUGUCCAUCUGAGGUUCACUCCUGUUUUAUCUUGGUUUCCAUCUUUCUCCCUCUACGCCUCCUUUGCCUCCUCUUACAACGGGGCUUGUGUAGAGUUUCCACAGUUGCUCUGGUUCUUCCACAGUCCAUUCCAUUCCAUUUCCACUACCCGAAGAAAGCUACCAAUAGCUACUGGGUAAAACAAAAGCACUAUCCUCUUACUUUUUUUGUUACGCAGUGGCAGACGCACUUUCUUGCUGUAAAUCAAGUCUUCAUUUUUCCACAAAAUUUCAUUCUCAGACAAAAUUGCAAUAGAGAAAGCAAAGCAUAUAGGAAAACAAUCUAAAUGCUGAUGAUGUCAUUAUUCUGUAGCUAUUAUAUUGUGCAAUCAACAUCAACUUCAUAAUGAUAAGUUAAAAUAAAAAAAGUUGUAUUUUCACUUUAACAGUUAUGAAUAUAACAAUAUAUAACAAUAUAUGCCAAAACACAUCACAGAUGCUUCUUUAAGUAGUGUCAGUAUGAUCUAUGACUGAUGAUGUUUGACUGAGUACGUCUCAAUGCAUGGAGACGAGCUAAACAAAGGGGAGGGAUGGAUAACUAUUUUUGUCAUUACUGUUGCUCUACGUUUGUAUUUUUAUGUCCAUCAUAGAUCAUGUCUGAGCAGCUCAGGGUCAGGCCCUGGGGCUGAUGCACUGCCCUCGCUUUAUUGAUGAUAAAUCCCUGUAAGACAUUAGUGCUCCUGUGGCUCUAAUUUAUUGGAAAUAUUGUUGCUGGUUUUUACAUUGUAACAUACUGUGCGCAACAUGUUUAUCUUCCAUCAUAUACUGUAUAUUUGUUUUUUUUGUACUAGCUUGCUUUGUUUAAGGCACCAGUCAUUAUACUAAGGGAGUUUUUUUAAAACAGUAGAUGCAGUUCUGUACCUGGGCAUAUUUCUUCUAUUACUCAUAUUCUGUAUGUUACCCAGAAAUAGUCUCAUUAUACUCGAAAUCAUAGAUGAUUUGGCUAGCUUGCCAAUGCACUACAUAAUUUAUCUGGAAUUUUAAUUGUCUCUGCAUAACUGAAAUAAAGU